AUGUCCGCCACCACAAUGCAGCAAACACCAGCAAUCCCCCCUCGACCUUCGAGGAGUGCACAGGAGAAGGAAAAUGGGCCCCCUGUGCCCACAAUCCCCCCUCGUCCCAUCAACCGCAACCUGACCAGAUCGAUCUCUCCCAACCCUGACCGGUUCGCUCCUUCGCCGUUGAAUGAAACCGUCUUCCACCCCCAAAGCUCUCCUCGAAACACACGCUUCAACCCUAGCAGCGCUGGAAAACAUGCAGAGCACAUGGGUCGUUCUAGCAGCACUGACCUGCCAUCCAUUGGACAAGAGGGCCAGGAAUACGCUGCUGUUAUCGAUUCAUUAGGUCCGGGGGCAUUAAUGAGUUCAUCCCCGGAAACGGAACGCCGUCCCUCGGUGUCUCUCGAGCAGACUCGGACCAUUGGCCAGGACCUCAAGCUUCAUGCUCCCAAGCCUACUAUGCCUGCGCAGAGCGCAAAGCAGCGAGUCGCCCAGGUCACCCGCACCGACUCAGACAGAGCUGCUGCGUUCGGCAUAGGCAAGCCCAACAGCGAAGAUCCUUAUCCGAGAAGUCUGAAGAAGAAGGCUAGCACCACCAGUCAGCUAUCGCACCAUAGCGAAAUCUUCGACGACGAGCAGGGCAUCCCCGAGAUCGGCCAACGUGUGCCCUUGAUCCACAACGCCGGAGACGUUCAAGCUCCUUCACCGGCCCCGACUGCUGUCGCCACCGAGGGGGCUAUUAGGCCCGGCCGCCACCACUCGCGGAAACAUAGUGGUCGUGGGUUCGAGUCGGUCCCUCCUGGCAGCUACGGUCUUCACGGCCACGGGACCGCUUCUACGGACAAGCUAGAGCAGGCCUACUACGAGAAACACCCCGAAUUGAAGAGCAAGGAGAAGUACAAUCACUUGCACGAUCGCGUCACAGACUACUCCAGAAGCAGUGAGGAGCUGAACAAGAUCGUUCGGGACACUGCAAGCCGUGGAGCGGGUUUCGGUACAUCCGGCUACGUCGCAACUCCCAGUGAGCAGGUUGGGUACCACGCCACAGACGAGUAUACCUCUCGCAUUUCCUCCCCACGCCCACCUUCCACCACGCCCAAGGAGUCUCAAGUCAAAUCACCUCUGAAGAAGCAAAGUUUCUCAGGGCCUGACAUCUCAAUCUCGGGUGCCGAAGAUUCUGAAAAUGAUGUCAUCCAUGUUGAUGAGCAUGGCAAGAGCAAGGCAUUCGUUAAAUACGGCGAUGAGUCGUCAGCAAUUGAUGAUGUCGAGGACGACUACGCCACCCCUAUCUUGGCUCCUGACGAGGUUGCCAAGGAUCCGUCUCCUUAUGAGCAACAUCCGGCGGUCCCACCACCGGAACGACGAGGUAGUGCCUUCGAAGCUGAACAGCCCAGGAGCAGGCCGCCAAGCCGCCCCACAAGCGUGUACAGUCCCCUGCCACCGGAGAUGCGUUCAACUCCCCUGGACGACGUUGAGGAGUACGAGCCGCUAUUCCCAGAGAACGAUAAAACUGGCAAGAAACACAUGACCCAGGCUGAGAAGCUGAAAUUACGCCAACGAUUUCCCAGCAAGGACAUCUGGGAAGAUGCGCCUGACAGUGUGCAUGAUACUGCUGAAGUGUCCACGCCUGAACCUACUGAGGAACAGAAGAAGUCGCAAGAUUCGACCGACGUUCCACCCCGUGAUACCGAGACACCGGCUCAGGCUUUUGCUCGCAGGCAAGAAGAGCUUGCUGAAUUGGAAGAUCGCAGUCCUGACGGGUUUUUGAACCGCAAGCAACGACCUCCAUCGUGGCACGAACACCAAUCACAUUUGGCCAAGGAGAUGCAUUCGAGACCAAACAUGACUCAGCGCUUUCCCAGUCGUGAUGUUUGGGAAGAUACGCCGGACUCUCACCAGCUUCAAACCACCGUAUCUACUCCCCAGCAAGAGGAGCAGGAACCACAGUCUGCAACAGCAGAACCAGCCUUCGACAGACCUGCGAUUCCUGCCCGACCCAGGAAACACGGUUCGGUUGAUGACAAGCCCGGUGUUCCGGAACGCCCCAAGCCGCAGUUCCCUGCGCGCUUGUCCAAGUCAACGUCUGGAUCUAAGGCGCUAGAGUCGGCACCGGCACAGACGCAGAAGCCAGCAAUUCCACCGCGACCUGUUGGUGGGAAGAUUGCUGCUUUGCAGGCGGGAUUUAUGUCAGAUCUUAACAAGCGCUUGCAAAUAGGUCCUCCGGCUCCUAAGAAAGAUGAGCCCAAGGCUGAAGAGGUUCUCGAUGGGAAAGAAAAGGCCCCCUUGGUCGAUGCGCGCAAGGGGCGUGCGCGGGGUCCUCAGAGGAGAGCACCAACCAAGAGUCCCAGCACCAAUGCGCCACCCUCUACGUCCGAUAGCAGGCCGGUGUUGACCUUCUCAACCACUCGCGUACUAUGGUGUAUUGACGAGGAGGGAACAAUGACAGUUGACGAACGGGUUGAGGAGUUGCCAUCAUCAGGGCAGUCCAAACAAACCGAGACAGCCAAGGAUGAGGAAAACGAACUGCCCAAAGAACAAGAAACCGUAUCGGCCAAGACUAAAUCUGAACAUGAAGAGUCUAAAACACAAACAAUGUUGAAAUCUAACGAAACUAUGGUUGAGAAGCCGAACAUACUUGCCAACAACAUGGCAGGCGAGUCCGUACUGGAAGAAACGGUCGCAGAGAAUCAGGGUGACGAUGUGCAAAAGGUUGAGGGCGUCAAAGACGAGGUGGUGAGCUGA